CCAGCGUGUUAUGCGCAUGUGCGCAGCAGGACGAGGAAGUGUAGUUAAAAGUGUCCGUCUGUUCAGCAGCACAAUGAGGCACUGAAUCGCAAAAAGAAACUUCCGUUAAAUCACACAUCUCUUCCGAGUUUCUUUCUCCUGGAUCUGAUUGUGUAUUUGUGUGUAUGAUGGCUUCAGGAGUAUCUAGCAGGUCUCUCGCGUGGAUUAUAACUGCGAUCAUGUUCUGGAGUCACAGCAGGUUUAUGGGCUUUUGUAGCAGCAGCACCGUGUCAGUUCCAGAGAGUCUGCUGUUUGUGUCCACGCUGGACGGGAACCUCCACGCAGUCAGCAAGAGAUCUGGAACCAUUAAAUGGACCCUGAAAGAAGAUCCUGUUCUACAAGUCCCAACGCAUGUUUCAGAGCCUGCUUUCCUCCCAGACCCCAAUGAUGGCAGUCUCUACUCUCUCGGAGGGAAAAAUAAUGAAGGACUGACGAAACUGCCGUUUACCAUACCGGAGCUGGUGCAGGCAUCUCCGUGUCGCAGUUCUGAUGGUAUCUUAUACAUGGGUAGGAAACAAGAUGUCUGGUAUGUGGUGGAUCUGCUGACUGGAGAAAAGCAGCAAACUCUGACCUCCUCCUAUGCUGAGAUGCUUUGCCCAUCAUCCACUUUGCUCUACCUGGGCCGUACAGAGUACACAAUCACCAUGUAUGACACCAAGAGCAGAGAGCUGCGCUGGAACGCCACCUAUGCGGAUUACGCCUUCACCCUGAUCGACGACGACACCAAAUAUAAUAUGGCUCACUUCGUGUCCAAUGGUGAUGGUCUAGUGGUGACCGUGGACAGCGAGUCUGGUGAUGUGCAGUGGGUACAGAACUACAACUCCCCAGUGGUGGCUAUCUACAUCUGGCAGCGCGAGGGACUACGCAAGGUCAUGCACACCAAUGUUGCUGUGGAAACAUUGCGUUACCUGACCUUUAUGUCAGGAGAUAUGGGACGCAUAACACAGUGGAAAUAUCCGUUUCUUCGCGAGAAAAGGACUAAAGAUAAAUUAAUGUCUACCUUGUAUGUAGGAAAACACUCCUCUGGCCUCUAUGCGUCACCAUCUCUUGUACACGAUGGAGUUACUGUUGUGCCACGUGGUAGGACGUUUCCUAUGCUUGAGGGCCCCAGUAACCAGGAGUCAAGUAUAGAAGAGGACCAGGAGUGUGUGAUCACGCCCAGCACGACAGUUCAAUUUAAUACUGCACUAAAGGAGAGAAACCGCAUCAACUUCAUGAAGAAUUCUCUGCUGCUCAUAGGUCACCAUGAAACACCCCCUGAUGCUCACAACAAAAUCCUGGCAACGUUUCCAGAGAGCAUCCCGCGUCAACCUGGCAACAUCAUUCCCCCAGCCACAGACAAGACCAUGGAAGAGAAGGUGAAUGAAAGUGGAAUGGAGGACAACAGUCCAUUGCCUCCCUCCAUCUCUUCCCUGCAGGAAAAACCCAGCCACCAAUCCCGUGUGGAGACUCCAGUGGACUCUAUGUUAAAAGAUAUGGCCACCAUCAUCUUCUGUACCUUCCUGCUAGCUGGCUGGGUGGCCUUCAUCAUCAUCUACCCAAAGAGUGUACACAAGCAGCAGCAGCUCCAGCACCAGCAGUUUCAGCAACAGAUGGAAGAGAAGCUUCACCUCCUGCAGCGUCAGCAGCUCGUCUUUCAACCGCCUGACUCGGACUUCCUUGAGGUCACCCACAUGCGCUCGGAGAGCUCCACCCACAGCAGCCCUAAUGUCACCCCACGGACCUCCAACCACUCCAACAUGUCCCAGUCUGAGAUGGCCAAUUCUGCCAAUGAGCAUGAGGAUCCUGAGGAAGAGUGCAACACUGUCAGAAUUGUAAACAUCACAUUUAAUCCCAAAGAUGUUCUUGGACAUGGUGCUGAGGGAACUAUUGUGUACAGGGGUCAGUUUGACAACCGUCCAGUGGCUGUAAAGAGAAUUCUACCAGAAUGCUUCAGCUUUGCAGAUCGGGAGGUUCAGCUGCUCAGGGAGUCGGAUGAACAUCCAAACGUGAUUCGUUACUUCUGCACUGAAAGAGAUCGACAGUUUCAGUAUAUUGCCAUAGAGCUCUGCAGGGCCACACUUCAAGAGUAUGUUGAACGAAAGGAUUUUAAUCGCUAUGGUUUGGAGCCUGUGGAACUGCUGAAGCAGACAAUGUCUGGAUUGGCCCAUUUACAUUCUCUUAAUAUAGUUCACAGAGAUCUGAAACCACAUAACAUCCUGGUAUCUAUGCCAAACACACAUGGACGGGUUAAGGCUAUGAUCUCAGACUUUGGUCUGUGUAAAAAACUGGCAGUGGGUCGACACAGCUUCAGUCGGCGGUCAGGAGUCCCGGGCACUGAGGGCUGGAUUGCCCCUGAAGUGCUCAUUGAGGAUGCAAAGCAAAACCCUACCUGCAUGGUAGACAUUUUCUCUGCAGGCUGUGUGUUUUAUUAUGUGGUGUCUGAAGGACAGCACCCCUUUGGAAAGUCAUUGCAGCGUCAAGCAAACAUUCUUCUAGGAGCAUACUCGCUGGACCAAUUACAACCCAACACUCAUGAGAGCAUUGUGGCCCGAAACUUGAUUGAACAAAUGUUAAGUAUGGAACCGGAGAAGAGGCCUUCAGCGGAGAGAGUCCUGAAACAUCCCUUCUUCUGGAGUCUGGAAAAGCAGCUGCAGUUCUUCCAGGAUGUGAGUGAUAGAAUUGAGAAGGAGCCGUUAGACGGACCAAUCGUGAGGCAGCUGGAAAGAGGAGGGCGGGUGGUGGUAAAAGGUGAUUGGAGGGAUCACAUUACAGUGCCUCUUCAAACCGAUCUACGCAAGUUUCGGUCAUAUAAAGGUGGAUCAGUCAGAGAUCUUCUACGUGCCAUGAGAAAUAAGAAGCAUCAUUACCGGGAAUUACCAGAGGAGAUCCAGCAGACGCUGGGAUCUAUUCCAGAUGACUUUGUUUUCUAUUUCACAUCCCGCUUCCCUCUUCUUCUGCAGCACACACAUCUGGCCAUGCGCUCCUGUGCUGUGGAACGACUUUUUCUACCCUACUACCACAUUUCUGAACUGCUUACACACAUCACACCAACACAAAGUGUUACACAGACUCCGCCCACCCAGUCAGAGCCCUCUGGUCUGUUAUCAUCCAAUCAGACAACAGCGACGCCACAUGCAUUGCCUAACACAUUGUCUGAAACGGACCUCUCACCUGAGCUCACAGCAGAGGACAUACAGCCCAGCACAGGCCAGUGACGCACCUGAAUAAACGGACACGUUCCUGGGAUGUUUUUGUUUCUGUGUGGGUGUGAUUUGGGCCUGCAGUGCCCAGACUAUAUCACCACAGAUGCCACCAGCCCAUCUUAAGUGCCUUUAGAUAACAGCUGCUCUGGGGGUGACCUGGAGAUUCCUGGUGCAGAUCAAGUGGAGGAUACUGGGAUGAAUCUGGGAUGAGUUGUGUUUGUAAACAAAUGCUGAUCGUAGUCUUUUUUUUAAAGGACUUUUGUAAAGUAUGUUUACUGUGAAGCACACAUCUGGAAGAUGGUGAAUGUUUUUGUUAAACAUUUGAGUGAACACAAACAUUUCUACUGUGCAGUGUUGGUUAAUGCUGCGUUUACAUUCCAUCAGAAUUGCUGUAUUUACAAGUUUGCGACUUACAAAAUCCAUGUAUGUUUUUUCAUACUACUAAUUAACAAGUUGGAAUUUUGGGAAAGCUCUGACUUCUUUAAAAAACAAACGACAGAUACAAUGACAUUGUGUUCAAAAGAUAAACGUUAAUAGUUACACUUUUAAUAUUUUAGCAGCUUUCACCUGGUUUGCUUUUCCGUUUUUUAGCAUGUUGAUAGAGCUUAUCAGAUGAAUAAACUUUGUAACAAAUGGUUUGAAGUCAUUUCUGAGUAUGUGAAGAGCUCAGAUAUGAUGUAAAUACAGUAAUUCUGACAUCAUGUGAAGGGCUCAGUGCUCAUACCAUUGAAUUGAUUUUUGUAUUGUGCAUUUUAAGUUUAAGUGGCAAUUGUGCCUUUUUAAAAGACACUGUUGUGUGUCUUGCAACUGAGUUUAGGCUGUGGUUUUGCCCUUGCUAUUGCUGCUGAAAACAUGUCUUAAUCAACUGUAUAGUAUGCUUUUAAAAGUUAAGCAUAUACUUUCAUAACUACAAUUAUCCGGUAUUACGCUUCAGUCAUGCACUUUAUUUGUUGGCAUACUUUUUCAACAAUACAUGCAGGACAAUAUAUAUUUAUUCUUAUUGAUAGUGGUAUUGUUUGGUUAUUGUUUAGUACUUUUUCAGAUGAAUUGAUAUUUAAGGAAUACUUGAACUCUUUUCUUUGUUCAAAUAGAUGCCUGUCUCAUAAACUGAGCUGUUUCUGAGACCAGAGAUGAUAUUUUCGUUGAGCAAAUACAUACCAUAUUAUAUAAAACAGGUCAUUUUGAACACAUUCCAGGCAGAGCUUUUAUAAUGUUACAUGUAUUUAUCAUGUUUUAGAUAUUUUUAAACAUUUCUUUGGAGGAACAUGGCCUAUGAUGCAUUUUUACAUGUAGUGUUAAUAAAAGCUGCUAUUGUUCACUGCCAA